UGAAGACGGUGAAAAUUGCAGAUUGGGAUUACUGCCCACCCAGAAAUCCCCUCCAUUGCAAAGCCAGUCAUAGAUGAUCACAGGAGCUUCAAGGAGCUUGCUUGAUCGGUUCGUGUCUACAACUCAGCAGUUGCCAAAAGACAAUCCAUUUACUCCAAUCAAUUGGUAUAGAGCUCCUUGUCAAAGGGUUGGGAUCUAAUUUCAAGUUGGGCUAACAAACUAAGGCUCUCAUAUGACGGACACUUAACUUCACCGCCUUGCUAGCCAGCCAAGUUUGCCUUUCCCCUCAAAUAUGCCUUGCACAACCGAGCUUCGUGGAUGGUGGGAAUCCAUGGUCGCGAGGCUAACGAAAUCCCUCCCUCAUGUGCACCCCACCCCUAAGCAGAUGAGAAGGGAGGGCCAACCAUUCUUCUUGAGUGCAUCGACAUUCGACAUAUAUCGCAGCGUCCUUGACGCAAACGACUGGCGUUUGAGACUUGGACUUGUAAAUUUGAUGGUGAUGAGAAUGGAAUAAACCAACUCCUUGUGGUUGGGUUCGGAUAACUUCUUAUAGCUGCAACAUUGUGUUUCACUUUAAUAAUUUGUAAAGUUUUCCUCCAAUUAAAUACAGAUACAGCAAAAGGAAUGAAGGACAAGAGGGAAGGUGGUCCAGUCCAUCCCCAUGCCAGACCUUACAAAGUUGUAGUUUAAGAUGCAAUAUUUUUCUUAUUUAAAAAUUAAAAAAUAUAAUCUAUAUACAAAUUUAAUAAUCAAACAUAUUUUGAAUGACCAUAAAAUAUGAAAACUAAAUAAAAAUAAUCACAAAAAAAGCAAUCUUUAUUCUUCUUCUUCAACGUAAAAUUCUAAAUCAAACUCAUCCACAGUAAAACGAAGAAAUCCAAAUUGAGUGACCAAACAAGUCCUAACAGAUGACGACCGGCAAGCAGAAUGAGAAGACUCUUUUUAUUUAUCAUUUCACGGUUCCACGCCCUUCUCCUAGUCCUACGUUGAGAUUACACUCCAGUCCAUUCCAAGUCUAACCAAAUCUCCAACCCAAUUUCAGUCGAAGCUUCCUGGCAACCCCCUCCUCUCUCGUUCCCUCUUCCGUCUCUUUCAGAUUUGAAACCGCCACCAAGAAAUCUCACAUGCUCUUGCUUCUCUAACCCUUUUCCCACCUCUGAAUCUGACAUCUUUUUUGUUUUCUUUCCCAGUCUAAUCUUGCUUUUUUCUGUUUAAUCUUUGAGUUGCUUUGAUCCCCCUCUCUGAGAUCUAAAUUCUCUUUCGUUUUCUGUUUCUGGGUUGCUUCACUUUUCUCGGUCAGGUCUUGUGAGAAGCCAAUUCUCGUUCUAUAAUUCCAGAUUUGAGGCAAUGCCACAAGGUUAUGCAAUUGAGCUGUACUUCGAUCCGGCGCUUGAAAACCAGGUCUUGAAGGCCUGGAAUGUACUGGCUCGCCGCCAAAUCAGUACCCAGCUCAUAGAACUAGAAUCCAGGCCUCACAUUACCCUCUUCUCCAGCCCUUUAAUCGACCUAACAAAGCUUGAAAACAUUGUCAAAUCUUUGGCUUCAAAGCAGGAGCCUUUGUCCAUAUCUUUCUCCUCAAUUGGAAGCCUUCCAACGGGCGAGAAUGUGCUUUUCCUAGCCCCAACUCCAUCACUGUCCCUCCUUCAGUUUCAUUUGCAACUCUGUGAUGCAAUGAAGAAGGAAGGCAUUGAAAUUGGGGAAGAGUACAGCCCGGACUCAUGGAUUCCUUAUUGCCCAGUCGCCGAAGAAGUGCCAAAGAGCCGAAUGGCUGAGGCCUUCACCGUUUUGCGCGACUUGAAGUUGCCAGUUAUCGGGUUUGCAAUGGAUAUUGCAGUGGUGGAGUUCUCCCCGGUUCGCGAACUCUCCUCUUUUAUGCUUGGCAACACCGUAGAAGCUUGAGGCUUCAUGUGUUCAUUUCGUCAUUUUCUUGUUAAUCAAGGUUUUGUCUUUUCAAUGUGCUUCAUUAUAGCUGAUGUAGAGACGUAGACAACUAAACAUAGAUAAGUGUCAGUGGUUUAGUUUGGAGGGAUCAAGAUUUCUGUGUCUGCUAUUGAAACUUGGCUUGUGCUUAAUCUGGCUAGAUAAUGUUGUAUUCAGAUUGACAUUCAUUUCACUUCUAUUGAAAAUUACUUCUGUACUUAUUUGAUUUCUUUUGGACUGGAAAUAUCUUGUGAUUAGGCUCGACUACUAGCUUCACUACAGUUCCAUUUGGCUAUGAUAAAGACAAGAAUCAUUAUUUCAAUUCUAAAGUUGAAUCUACCAUCCGUUCAUACUCUUGAACCCUGUGGAUGUGAAAUGCCUAGAUACCAAUAUGCUGUUUGUCAAA